AUGGUUGAAGCUGAUCUUGAUAAAAUAGCUAAGAAAUCCAGCGUUACUUUACCCAACAUCACAUCUAGUCAAAAUGGUCAUGACAACAACAAGAAAGAGCAUCAUCAUCAUCAUCACCAUAUUAAGCGACCUAUGAAUGCUUUUAUGGUAUGGUCACAAAUUGAACGUAAGAAAAUGUCAGUUCAUCAUCCAGAUAUGCACAAUGCUGAAAUUAGCAAACGAUUAGGCAAAAGAUGGAAGUUAUUAAACGACGAUCAAAAGAAACCGUUCGUUGAAGAGUCUGAGCGAUUGCGCGUUCAGCAUAUGCAAACAUAUCCAGAUUACAAGUAUCGACCUAGGAAAAAGAAGCCAAAAGUAGCAGCAAGUACUGCUAGUAAUAAUCACAAAGGCAAUAAUAGUUGCGCCAGUAGUACUAGCAGCAUUAGUAGUACCGACAGCGGAAUCAGCUCUACAGAUUCAAAACAAAGUAAUCAUAUCCUCAAUGGCAAAUUCAAUAGUAAAAGCAGCAACGGAAGUAGUAAAGCAUCAAAUAAGCAUAAUAGCAAAUCAAACAACGAGCUCAGUAAUCACAACCAUAGCAAUUCAACUGUAAACGGCAGUAAUAGUACAACAGCUUGUAAGAUAAAGUCAAAUCAAACCAAUCAACAAAGUAAAAAUUCCAAAGUUAAAUCGAAAGGAUUAAAUGGUUUCAUCAAAAAUCAAAAUGAUACUAGCAAAAAUAAUAAUAAUAAUAAGAAAAAGGCAGAUUUACCGACUCCAGCAACACCUCCAGCUAAAGUACCAGGUUCACCAACACCACUUGAACAACAGCAACAAUUUGCAGGCAUUUCUGAAACAUUUUCAUUUUAUGAUGACGUUAUUUGCGCUCCAGGUCCUCAAGAAUUUCAACAAGAACAGUUACAAGAUCAAUUCAAUCAACAAUAUAACAAUUUUGAUACUAGUGUCAGUACUGAGACUGAAAGUGAUAGUCUAAAUAAUGACGAGCUAUCAGCCGAUUGGUCAUCUCUAGAUAUGAUAACUUUAGAUCAGGCAUUAGCUAUAUCUCCUAUGGACGAUAGUGGUGAGAUCAGUGUUUUCGAUUUUCCCGAAGAUCUGUAUACAACACCUGAAGUCUCCGAAUUAAUGCAAGAUCAGUGGUUUGAAUCAGGCUUAGGACCAUUAGCUUAA